AUGGAGAAAAGCAGACUCUUUCCGAACAACAUCUCGGAGGAGCUCAACAAAUGGGCGAAAAUCAAGAGCCAAGACUGGUUCCGCGAGUGGGAAGACCUAGAAAAUCAAGAUAUCCUGAACGAGGGAUUCUGGCAUUUCGUUUGCCUCCGAGUAAUCGGUGAGAGCAAAAUCAAGACCCAGGCGAAUUACGAACGCCCAAGCUUCACGGACGACAAUUGGCUCCGAAGACUCAUAAAGAAAGGUCUUGAAACGAUUUUCGACGCAAUGCCAAGGUCAGACGCUUUUAUUACGCCAGAAGAACUACUGGACUCGCUCAAGAUGCUGAAGUCUCUCCACAGCGACUGGCAUGAGAUUUGCCAUCAGAAAAAUGCCUGGCUAGAACUCAAAGCAAACGAGGAUACCCAAUGGGCGAACAAAAAACCGGCGAAUGUGAACGCAUGGAUCAUCGACAUAAUCGGCGAAUAUGCAUCGGAAGACUCACCCAUUCCGAAUCCGACUCCCUUAACAAAGAUUCUCUCACCACUGCUGCUCCACCUGGUGCAAAAACAGCUCAUCCAAGACUCAGUCAUUGGUCAAGACGGAAGCUGCAAGGAAAUGCCCACCCAAUGGCACGUGGACUGGAGCGAACUCAAGGAUUCCCGGUCCCUCAAAAAGUGGCUGGAGUCAGCGGCGAAAAAAGUUAACCCGAUUAAUACCACGGUUAGAGUCAAAGAAGUUGGAAAAGGGGAUUCCCACUGGAUCCUGUGGAUUCCUUACAAAGUCGUACCUCAAAUAUGGGUUUUCAACUACGGCGAGGACUCUGAUUUUAUCAAAGCGAAAUCCCUCCUCUCCCUUGCAGCCCACCCAGCGCUCACGCCGUUAGAAUCAGAGGCGCUCGAGAAGCUAGCCUCCAAACCUUGGACCACCCAAAACGUCAAAGAAUGCAUCUCGGCGUUCCAGAAGCCAACAAGAAACUUCUACGCCUCAGGAGCCUGCUUAGUCGGAGUCAACCGCCCCUUUCGAACUCAGAAGAUCAUCCUGGAAAUCAUCGCCAAGGUUGUAAGAGACACAAAAGCCCAUUCUCACUUGCGCUCACUCGAGCAUAACCUCGGAAUCUUAUCAACUGGCUGGAACUGGGCAAAUGGCAAAAGAUUCAGCCCAAACAAGACUCUGGACAACUUCAUCGACACCUGGAUGCAGAAAAGAGAAGAAGUCACGGGAGUCACGAGACUCAGAUUCCUUCGAGAACAACCAGAAAAGAGAGAAAGAUCGUGCGAAUGGCCAAUGUGUGGGAAGCGGAAGCGAGCACGACUUGGUGUAAAACACAUCAAGGAUUCCAAGAACUCAAAGAAUCUCGCCAACCAGACUGCUCAGAGAAAUGCCGAGUCGCAAACGGCUUCAUACAGAAAGGACUCCCCAGGGCACAAAAAUGUCCAUUGA